AUGACCGCCACCGGCACCCCAGGUCGCGACGCCAUGACGAAGACGAGGAGGAUGGGCACAGGCACAAGAGGUCACGCCAUUUCAGAGACGACGAGGAACGGCGGUCAAGACGGCACCGGGAUAGAGAUGACUUCUGAUCCAAAGGAGGAUCUCCCUAUUCCCGACGAAGAGGCGACCCCAGAAGAAACCAAGACAUCCACCCCAUUGGUGCGCGACUCGUGGAUGACUGCCCCGUCAGCCCUCGAUAUCGAUUACGUCCAACGCAAGGAGAAGGAGAAACCGCCACCGCCAAAGGAGGAGCCCAUCAGGGUUGUUCACGAAAGGGAGAUCAACAAGGACUUUGACGAAGUCAACGCUGCGUCCACCGACGAGACGCCAAAGGAGAGAACCAUCAAUUACACAUUCGGGGACAACGGCUCUCAGUGGCGUAUGACCAAGCUCAAGGGCGUUUACUCCAUGGCGGAAGAGUCGGGGCGACCUGUUGAGGAAAUUGCUCUGGAAAGAUUCGGCAGCUUGCAGGAAUUCGACGAUGCUCGAGAAGAAAAGAUCGAGAUGGAUCGGCGCAAGGUUUACGGAGAUGGGUACGUUGGUAAAGAGAAGCCCACCGGUGACCUCUACCAGGAGCGCAUGGAGAAGCAACGUCCGGAGCCGAAAGAACCAAGUCCCAUGGAGGAUAUUCAGCAGGGCACGGUCAUCCCCGACCAGGCCAUGCUGCACACUCCCAUUGACCAGACUGCGUUGAACCGAAUGCGGGCUCAGAUGAUGAAGGCUAAGCUUCGCCGAGCACCUGAUGCUGCCAAGCUGGAAGCUGAAUACAAUGCGGCCGCUGCUAGUUUCGCAACCAACGGGCCGCAGUCUGUUGUUCUCGGUGUCAUGGACAAUCGAAUGCUGGCAGGAACGCGGGGCGAGGUCAAGUCUAUUGAGACGAAGCGAGGCCGUGAGCGCGGCAACGUGGAGGCAAACGAGGACAUGUCAAUUGAGGACAUGGUUCGCGAGGAACGCAGAACUCGUGGCCAAGCGGGCGGCGAGGGCAUGCGUCUGGCGGAGCGCAUUGCAAAAGAUGGCAAGUUCGACGAUGAUCUCGAGUACAUGGACGAGAAUGCCGAAAAGCUUGCGAAGAGGGUACACAAGUCGGAGAUCAACCUGAAGAACGUUGCUGUCAACGAGUAUCAGAAGGUGACGCGAAUUUUGGACAACUGCCCUCUCUGCCAUCACGAAGACAAAGGACAACCACCUCUGGCACCAGUCAUCUCACUCGGCACGCGCGUAUUUCUGACUCUGCCUACGGAACCCGAAAUCUGCGAGGGCGGCGCGGUAAUUACUCCCAUUGCCCACCGCAAGAACUUGCUGGAGUGUGACGACGACGAAUGGGAGGAGAUUCGCAACUUCAUGAAGUCCCUCACAAGAAUGUACCACGAAAAGGGCCAGGAGGUCAUAUUCUACGAGAACGCCGCCGCACCGCAAAGACACCUUCACGCGGCGAUGAUGGCGGUGCCCAUUCCCUACGAGGAAGGUGCCACAGCCCCAGCAUACUUCAAGGAGGCCUUCCUCACGACAGACGAGGAGUGGUCGCAGCACAAGAAGAUCAUUGACACCGGCGCUAGAGCACGCGACGGCAUGGGCAGAAUGGCCUUCCGCCGGAGCAUCGCCAAAGAAAUGCCGUACUUCCACGCCUGGUUCACUCUCGACGGCGGCCUCGGUCACGUUGUCGAAAACUCUGACCGCUGGCCCAGAGGCGACUUGUUUGCUAGAGAGAUUAUUGGAGGUAUCUUGGACGUAGCGCCGGACGUGAUCAAGAAGCAGGGGCGCUGGAACAAGGGCGAUCGCAGGGUUGAAGGGUUUAAGAAGAAGUGGAGGAAGUUUGACUGGACUCGAGUCCUGACCGACGGAUAG